AUGUUGUCAGAAAUUAUUCCAAUGGCUCUAAAAUGGGGGAUAUGCAGUACUGGAAAAAUCUGCAGCGAUUUUUGUUCAGCAUUAAAAACCCUACCAUCAGAGGACCAUCAGAUAGUUGCUGUUGUUUCACGAUCUCAAGACACUGCACAGAAGUUCGCGACUACAUUUGACAUUUCAAAAACCUACAGUUCAUAUGAACAGUUUGCAGCAGAUCCGGAAAUUGAAAUAGUAUACAUCGGAAGUGCACACACUGAACACGUCAGGUUGAGUAUUCAAAUACUGAAGGCAGGAAAGCAUGUUCUCUGUGAGAAACCAUUAGCAGAUACACUUGAAGAUGUCAAACUGGUUCAUAAUCUAGCCAAAGAAAAACAUCUCUUUUUUAUGGAGCCAACCAAAAGUACCGUUUCUUAUGAAACAUACUUGUAA